CCUUCCUGCUCUUGCUCACCUUCUUUUCUCUCCUCCCCUUAGUCUUUUUGCUCUCCAGGUUUUUUUUUCCAUCUUACAUAAAGAGUCAGUCGUUUGAAACCCUCACUCGCUUUUUUGUUGUGCUUGCUGGAUCAUUUUCAAACACCACCAAAAAACAAAAUAAACAAAAAUCUUCACGAUGAAGGCCUCUGUCGUCACCCUCCUCCUCGCCGGCCUGGUCGCUGCCCAGGACUUUUCCGGCCAGCCUGACUGCGCUGUCCCCUGUCUCAAGGAUGCCAUCCCCAAGGCCGGCUGCGCCCUCACAGACACCGCCUGCCAGUGCAAGACGUCGACCCAGGCCCAGCUCGCCGGCCUCGUUGCCCCGUGCCUGAUCGAAAAGUGCAGCGCCUCUGAUCUCGCCAAGGCUCAGUCCGCCGCCGCCGCCGCUUGCAAGGCCAACGCCGCCGGUUCUUCUUCUGCUGCCGCCUCCUCGGCCGCCUCCUCUGCCGCCACUUCAGCCGCUGACUCGUCUGCUCCCGCCUCGACCUCGGCCGCCGCCACCUCUGAGGCCACGACCAGCGCUGCCCAGAGCACCUCUGCCGGCGAGACCUCUGCCGCUCAGAGCUCUGCCGCCGAGUCCAGCGCCCCGGCCUCCACUGCUGCUUCCGGCGGUGCCUCCAUCCCAACCGCGAGCCCGACUGGCGGCGUCUCCAACAGCACCGUCUCUGGCUCCCGCUCCGUCGUCACUCGCACCUCGACUGCUUUCGUUGGCGGCGGCGGCGGCGCCCAGACCUCUUCCACCCCCAAGACCACGUCGCUCAACGAUGCCACCGGCCCUAUUGCUGGCGUCCUCGGCGCCGUCGUGGCCGCUCUCAUGGCUCUGUAAAUACAGCAAGAAACUACCAAUCGCAGUCAUAACUGUUAAUAGUUUUGUUCAAGGUGUUGGGCUAGCAUGUAAUCAUGAUGUGACGAAGUUAUAAUUUGAAGUGGGCGUGGACAAUCAAAACGGGCUUUUUUGUUCUUUCUCUCCUUUUUGGGACCACCAUGUGGUCGGAAUUGUUUUUUGUUAAAUUCAGUAUUUUGAUGGGGCGCUUAUUUAAAUACCACGACGCAGUAAUAUGAAAGAGUGAUAUAUCAUGGCA